GGCGCCGGCCGUAAGAAGGCGAAAGUGAAAGCAGACAUCUGUUUUAUGCUCGCAAGUCACAGUUUUUACAUUUUCCUUCUUUAGCCUAUAUUUGGCUAGACUUAGGCUAAUAUUCGUGUCUUAGAUAAUGUGUGUGGAUGUUUCGACGACGUAGCCUACAAAUAGAAGGUUUUAAAAAAACCUAGAAUGUUAAGUCAUUGGCUUCGACAAGAUACUUUUGAUUAGCAAUGGCAUUAGAGAGUUUGCUUAUGGUUUGGAUUCUGACAUCAUCUGAAGCCUUCCUGCUACGGGGUCCUGCUGGUCCUCUGAUAGCCCAGCUGGGAGGUUCUGUUCUUCUGCCCUGUUCUGCUGAAACCCCCUUGCCUCUGGAGGAGCUGGAGGUGGAGUGGAGAAGGACAGAUUCAGAAGCACUGGUGCACCUGUUCCAAGAGGGAGAAGUUAGACCAGAAUCACAGAGUUAUGACUAUAGUGGCAGGGCCCAUUUUCUCACAGAGGGAUUUGUUGCAGGAAAUUACUCUCUGCAGCUCACUAAUGUGACCCGUGCGGAUGGUGGAGUUUACACCUGUAAAGUGUUUACAAAUCUGGACUCAAACGAAAUCACAGCUGAAAUCAAAGAUAUUGAGCGCCUUGUAGUUACUGGGACCGGUGUGGCCUCUGCCUAUGUUGGUGAUGAGGUCACUCUGAACUGCUCUGUGGACUCCCAUAUCCCUCCUGGGGAACUGGAGAACGUCACCUGGAAGAAGAAAGACCAGGAGAUGCUAGUGCUAGUUUUCAGAUAUGAUCAGAUCGUGCCAGUCUCUGCACAUGAACUUUAUCGAGACAGAGCGGACCUCUUCACUGCUGAAAUCCCCAAAGGAAACUUCUCCCUGAGACUCAAACACGUCAGGCCUGAGGACAAGGGAGAAUAUGUCUGUGAAGCCCACAGUGGUCAUCUGUCAGCCAACACCAUUAUUGCCCUGCAGGGACUGGGACCUCCGCCUGUGCAGAUCUUGGCAUUAGUGUUGUGUGUCAUUGCUCUUCUGUUGGCUCUUGGGCUUGGGGUUCCUUCAUGUAUCCAUUUAGUAUCAAACGUGAUGCCUAGACGAUACCCAGGAUACGUGGGGGAAGAGGUGGUUCUGUCAUUGGACAAGGAAGAUCUCCCUGGGACAAUAGUCAGUGUAACCUGGAAGAAGAAAGGCCAAGUUAUUUUAGCAUUCCAGGAUGGAAAGGUCUUACUGGCCUCCCCAGAGAGCAGUUAUCAUGGCAGAACAGAGUUUGCAGGAAACCCCGAUGAGGAUGAGGACGAGGAUGAAGAUGGAGAUGAGGAUGGGGAUGGGCAUUUCUCACUGAGACUGAAGAAUGUCGAAACUGAAGAUGAAGGAGAGUACAUCUGUGAAGUUCAUACCAGUGAGCGAUCAGAGCGAUCUGUAGCGCUGCAAGUGUGUAAGUGUCCACGUUAUGCUUUGACAUUUCUACAGUGA